AUAUGAGAAGAAUAAAAUUAGAUAUUAACCUUAAAUAAUAGCAAUGUUCUCUGUAUCAAAAAAUAUUGUUUAUUCUGUAUGUAAAAAUUGUUCAGUUAGAAGAUUUCACGUUUCUCCUAUUUUGAAAACUUUUUGGGAAAGAGACGACAAAGGUGGUUAUAGAGACGGAAAAAAAUUACCACCACUAAAAGAUCGUUUGAGGGAAGGAUUAAAAGAACUAAAGGGUGAAAUAAAACUAUGGACUGAAGAAGUUAAAGAAAGAUUUGAAAAUGAUCCAAUUCUUAUAUUUAGGCCAGGCGAAGUUGAUGUUAAAUGGAGAUUUGGGGAUGAAGAAUCUUUAAAAAAAUGGAACGUUACAUGUGAUAGUGAUAACGGCGAAGGUUAUAGUUCAGCUUCAUUGUCGCUUACGCCCCAAGGAAAAGCAUUAUUUGCGGGUAAUUUGUCUAUGAGAGUGCCGAAAGACGGUAGGGUUAAACGCGCUGGUUACUGUAACAUGAGAACUCAUAGAAUCAGGAAAUCUUUUAAAAGAGAUGCUCAUUUAGAUUGGUCUACAUAUAACAUGUUGGUGAUGAAAGUUAGAGGCGACGGAAGAUCCUAUUUACUCAACAUCCAUUGCAAAGGAUAUUAUGAUUUAACAUGGAACGAUAUGUAUCAUUACGUAUUGUUUACAAGGGGUGGUCCAUAUUGGCAAAUUGCUAGAAUUCCUUUUUCUAAAUUUUAUUUCGGUUCUAAAGGUCGUAUACAAGAUAGACAAGUUUCGGUGCGGCUUGACAGAAUUGCUAGUUUUGGAAUUACCGCAGGGGAACGAUACGGAGGUGAUUUUUCCUUGGAAAUAGAUUAUAUUGGUUUGGAAUUUGAUCCGAACCAUAGGGAAGAGUUUGCCUAUGAAAUGUAUAAAACUGAUAGGUAUAUAGCGUCUACUUAAAAAAAACAUGUCCAGAUAAUGAUGUUUAAAAUGAGAAUAAAUAUUUAUAAAACCCAUAUUGUUUUUAUUUCCUGUCGAGUAAACCUUGACUAGAAUUUAUUACAAACUUGGUAGACAAAUUCUGAAGUGAA